AUGCAGUCACUAUACAAACAGAACCUAUUGUCAGAGAACGUGGGGGGCUUUGCACUCUUACUCCUGCUCUUCUGCUUUUUCCGAGACCACCUCUUCUUGAAACAGGUCGAAAACCAAGGCCUCACAGCAGUGAAUAACGACGAGGAACGAGUUACUUCUAGUAUGAGUCGCUGGUCAAAGACUUGGCGGCUGUUGGAUCCGACCAAGCGAUCAAAUUCCACGCGCAUCAGAACCGUCGCAAUUCAGUACUAUCAUAUCAUUGGUCUUAUUAUAGAAUUACCCCUGAAGGAUCUGUAUGCGUUUGCAGGCUGGAGAGUCACGCGAUUCAAGCAGCGCGAGACCAGACAAAGAUUGAUGGCAUGGGUUUCAGAGCACGGAGAUAGGGCGAGGUCUGCCGCACUUCAUGCUGGAAGGAUAUUUCGCCAGUGUCGAAACCGCUCCUCCUGCGGCUACCAGGAACCUUGCGCAAUGCUCAUCGCAAGCCUUACUCUCUGGAUGUACAACAGCUCGUUGACGACCCAGUUGGUGGCAUGCAGGGAGAGCUAUCGUCAGCAAAACCAAUCCCCCAUACUCAGACUCGACGAAGACAGCGACCGUGAAGAGGCGUGGGAUUGGAUACAGACGGGGAAAAAAGCGCGUCCAUUCGUUGCUGGCAUUGGUGAUAUCCACAUGCCCGGAGGUCACUCCAAGGCCGUGAAUCAAGCCAUCAACAUUCUGUCGUCGCUGAAGGAAUGGCAAAUUGGGCAGUUGUUCUCUGUCACUUUGAAAGACUUGAUUGUGUUAUUUGAUAGAGACACUAUGAACUAG